UUUAAAGAAAAAUAUUUUUUCUGCGUCUGAAUUCACUUUGGAUCAUUUUAACCGUCACAAGCAGGGAAAACAAACUGAUGAUAAGAAGCGUUUAAAGACUUAACGCUGAGUUUUACAGCUGUUAUAUUUACUUUAAUGUAACUAAACUAACGCAGCUUUGGGACCGUGAGGCUGAGCUGUCUCUCCUCAGAAGCUAACGUUAGCUGGAGCAGCGCUAGCGGAGAGAGCUGCCGCCCCUCUCAGCCUCACUGCGCCGUUUGCGGUUAGCAGAAGCAGCAGUUGUGCCACAUCCACAGCUACAGCUGGAGGGGUUUAACUUCAGAUUUCACCAGCAGAGAUUUCACACCGAGACGCUGAAGCCCUUCAACGUUAAGUUUCUCUACAAAGACUCUUCAAGGCGGUUCAACAAAACUCAAGAAUGUAGCUGCGGCUAAAGAAGCAGUUCAGUGACCGCGGAUGCAGGCAAGAUCUAAGUAACCCGACUCUAAGCCAAGUCAAAGAGAACCCGAAGCUGCAGGUUUUCCUGCUCAGAUUGCAGCCAUGUUGGAAGAGGAUAUGGAGGUGGCCAUCAAGGUGGUGGUCGUGGGCAACGGCGCCGUAGGGAAGUCGAGCAUGAUCCAGAGAUACUGCAAGGGCAUUUUCACCAAGGACUACAAAAAGACCAUCGGCGUUGAUUUCCUGGAAAGACAGAUAGUAGUAAACGAUGAGGACGUGAGGUUGAUGUUGUGGGACACUGCGGGUCAGGAGGAGUUUGAUGCCAUCACUAAAGCCUACUACCGAGGUGCCCAGGCCUGCGUGCUGGUCUUCUCCACCACUGACCGAGAGUCUUUCGAGGCCAUCAGCAGCUGGAGGGAGAAGGUGGAGAUGGAGGUUGGAGACAUUCCCACUGUUCUGGUUCAAAACAAAAUCGAUCUCCUGGAUGAUACAGUGAUUAAAAAUGAGGAAGCGGAGGGUCUCGCCAAGAAGCUGAAAUUAAGGUUUUAUCGGGCUUCUGUAAAAGAGGAUCUCAACGUCAAUGAAGUUUUUAAAUAUCUAGCAGAAAAAUAUCUACAGCGGCUCAAGCAGCAGAGCGCUGAGGAUCCAGAAGUUGUUCACACGUCAAGCAAUAAAAUAGGUGUCUUUAACACCACCAGCGGCAACCACCCCAACCAUAACUCCAGCGAUCUCAACGGCCGUGAGGUCAUCAACUUGCGGCCAAACAAGCAGAGGACUAAGAAGAAUAAAAUCCCUUUUGGUAGCUGCACACUCCUCUAGAAUGUCUCCUCUUCUACAGCAUGCCUCGACUGCCUUGUUGGGAGUGAUGAGCUGCCGGUGUGGUCCAGGUGACAUGGGACAUCAUUAACACUAAUCAGAGAAAAGGCAACAUCUCCAUUUGAACGCGCUCAGUCCAGAGGAGAUUUUGCUUUUACAUAAAGCUUUAACCGAGGCCGACCUGCCCACAUAACUGUGGUCAUGUUAGUGGUCCCUGAUUGCUGUGGAGGAGUCUCAUGUCAUGUGUGAUCAUAGCAGCAGGCUGAAUGUACUGUAACGGUCAAAUUGUGGGAACAAGCACACUCUGCUGGUUGCACAUGGUAAAGUAACUUUGGUGGAGUGAGAGUCUUAAAAGGAUGGUUCACCAGAAAAUUAAACUUACAUAAUUUUCUCCUUUGCUUCUUAUGUAGUCAGUCAGCCAGAAUGUGUUUGGUGUCUGAGGUUUGCUUCUUUAGUUCUGCCUUGGAGCUACAAGGCUAAUAUAAUAUGAGGCAAAUAUCCCAUCAUUUUUAUGGAAAAGGAGUUUUUGUGUUAUGGAUGCUUAAAGAAUUUUUACUUCAGGGAGAUUCGCUUGAAAGAGGCCCCGAAUAUUCUGUAAUAACUCUUGCUAGGACGAAGCAAUUUGAGCGAAACAAUGUGCAAUGUGCUCCUCACUAUAUCACUGA